CUCUGGUUUUGCUGUGCACGAACUGCACAAUAUCCCACACAUCCACGCACAUCCACACACACACACACUCCACCGCGGUUGCACACGAUGGCUGGGCUGCCGGCGCUGACAAGCGAGCAGCUCGCUUCUGCUGGCAAAGGAGAGAACCCACUGGAAAUCAUCCAGUGGCUGGAGAUGCUUGAGUUCUCCCUUCAACACGCGUCCAAGGAUCAAAUGAAGAAAGGCCUGAAGCAGGUGCUGGACAUCCUGCUCUUCCUACUGUCUACGCCAUACGGCAAGCCAGUUCGGGAUCAGAUUGCGUGCGCAUUUGCGGCACUGUUUCAUGCUGCUGGCACUGCCAAGCUGUCUGUGACGAUUGAUGAGUUCCACCGACUUCUCAAGUCGCGAGAUGACAGCCCUUCCAGCGUGCAGGCCAAGCUUGGCUCCAUCUCCGCUUUCGGUCGUCUCCACGAGCGACUCGGCGGCAUGAUGGCGCCGUUUGUACAAGAGGCCGUCGUGGCCAUCUUGAAAGCUGCACGCAGCCUCGGGACGCCAGGCCGCGUGGAAAUGCUGUGUGCGUUGGAGCACAUGGUGGCAAACACAGGCCAUCUCGUUGAAAACAACAUGAAGGACAUGUACAAACAAGCAAAGGCGUGCAUCGGUGACCGGUCGCUGCAUGUUCGUAUCGCUGCAGCCAAUCUCAUGCAGGCCAUCUCAAGCCAGAGUGCACUCAUCCAGCGAAGCGAUAUGGACGGGUGCAUUGUGGCGCUGUGCAAAGCCUUUGAGUCGUCCACGCAUGUGGUGCGCAUUGUUCUUGCAGAGACGAUCGCUGCCAUCUGCAAGAAGGCUCUCGAUCAAGCGACAUGGAAGGACACGAAACCCGCCAAGUUCUCAACAACAAAUGGCAUGCUUGCAAUGCUGGAGACACACUUUGUCAAGUUUGCGCAGACUCCGGAGGUGCGUGUUGGGGUGACGGAGGCGUAUGUUCUGUUCUUCCAGGCGAUGGGGCCGACGUGGCUCGAGCAGCACACUGGCGAUAUUGUCAAGGCCCUCCUCCACAUCGUCAGCAACCCAAAGAUCAUGUCGGGGCACGAGGAUGCACUUCGCGUUCGCCGGUGUGUUCAGUUCAUCGUCCGCACGUCACUUGGGAAGCAACUCGGCCACAAAGGGCGAACAGACACCCUGCUGGCGCUGUGCACGUCUGUUGCUGAUGAUAUGCGCAUGGUGGACCGGCCCGAGGGUCCGGACGCUCCGUCCAGUUGGCGCGCCCUCACCGCCCUUGACGCAAUCUCAGAUCUCACACACAUCAUCGGCAAUGCCGUCAACAAGGUUGCGGAUCAGCUUCUGCCGGUCAUCCUCAGCGUUGCUCUCCACCCGUCCUCUGACGUGCGCAUCACGGCUGCAAGGUGCCUGCGCGGGCUGGUGCAGGCCGUGCCCUCACGCGCAGCAGACAUUACCGAGCAGUGUCUGACGCGCCUUGCCACGUUCCGCUCGUCCCCUGCCGGCAUCCACGGAACAGCGGUUGCUCUCGCCGCAACGCUCACAGGCACCGCUGUCGGCGAACUCGGCAUUCCUCAGCGACUGCUUGACAAGACGGUGUCUGCCGGUGCAAACAUCAUCCAACAGAGCACCCAGCGAAAGGCGGACGUGACUGCGUUUCUGCUGAUGAAGAGCGGGUGGCUGCUGCUGGCGUCGCUCGUGUCGAUGGGAUCAGCAGCACUCACGCCGCACCACAGCACGCUCACGGACCUCUGGACACGCACCAUCAAGGCGUUCGACAAGUCCGCAAAGCUGUCCGUGCGGCAGUGGGAGCUGACGCUUGAAGGGCUGAUUGGGGCGCUGUCGUGCAUCGAGAUGUAUCUGCAGCACUGCCGCGAUAUCAUCACAGAGGACUCCCAGCGCCAGACCGUGUCGCUCGUCCUCAGGGCGGUGAAAGUGACUGCGCAUCUGCCCCCUUUUGCCAAGAACGCAGAAGCUUUCACAAAUACAAAAGCGCUCUUCCGUGCGCGCGUGUUCAGCUGCCUCGCUUUGGUGCCGCCGUCGCUGUACGAGGAGCGAUUUCAGCGGAUAGUGCCGCUGCUUGUCGCUGACAUUGCCCUCAGCGAUCACGUCUCCCUCACAAACAGAACGUCCAUGCUCGAGCACCAGUGCCAUGAGGAGGACAGCAUCCUGCUUGGGACGACGCGUGAGAGUGAUUACGCGACAGUGGAGGAGCAGCUCGCCUCUCUCGGUCGUGGUGGUCUCGGCUCAAUCGCAAACGACGCAUACCGCUUGCUCGACCCAAACCUCCUUAAGGAGCCAACCGCCAUGCUGCCGCUGGCGCCCCAAGUGGAAGUACUGGAUGCCGCUGUUGCUCUCUUUGGAAUCAUAUUCCCACUGUUGGGCUCGUCUAAACAGCGGCUGCAACUGUUGGAACAUUUCCUCAGCUGCAUCCAAUCCGCAAAGGGCGCUGCUCGCAUGCAAGCUGUGCAAGUGAACAUCUUCUCUGCGUUUCUGUGCGGCCUCAAGAAAAUGGCGGAACUCAAGCUUAAGCUUGGAAACAAAAAGGUGCGGGUGUCUGCCCACCGCCUGAUUCUCGCUGCGCUGCACAAUCCAGACGUGAUUGUCCGCUGCGCCGCCGGCGAGGCCAUGGGUCGCCUGGGCCAGGUGACGGAUGACACAGUCAUCUCUGAUUCUCUUCGCGCCCUCGUCGACAACGUGCAGAGCAACGCGUCCGUGGAGGCGCGCACGGGCAACAGUCUGGCGAUUGGCUGCAUUCUCCGCUAUGCCGGCGGUGUCACGGCUUCACAACACUUGCGCAUCACCAUCAAGCUGCUGCAUGCGCUAAGCGAAGAUUCCAACGGCGAUGUGCAAACGUGGGCACUGCAUGCGCUCAUGCUGACGAUUGAUGCAACCGGAUUCAACUUCCACCCGCACGUGCCGGCUGUCCUGCAGCUCUGCUCGGACAUCCUGCAUCGUGACACAGGUGCAACGGUUCAGCGAAGCGCCGGCAACGUGGUCAAUGCCCUCAUCACCACACUUGGUCCAGAGGUCCACAUGCAGGAGAAGCUGCGCCGUAAAUUGCAGUACAUGCUGUACAAUCUUCAGCAGUCGCUGUGGCCCUCGGUGCAGCUUGCCGGGCUGCAUGGCAUGCAGAAGCUGAUUCUGUUUGCCCCAUCCUUCGUGCGCAUCCCCGAAUUCAUGCCCGUGCUCAAGAGCAAGCUGAGCAGCCAGCACUCGCUGCUUCGCCACGCCGCCACCGCCAUCAUCAAGCAGCUCAUCCAACGCGACGCAGAGAGCGUUCACAAGAGUGGUGACGGCGUUGAGAAGAUGCUGUUCCGCAUGCUUGACAGCGAGGAAGACCCUGUCCUGCGUCGCGCCAUCCGCGAUUCAAUUCGCGGAUUCAUCUCCUCGCUUGGUGCACACAUGCCCUCGCACUGGCUCUUCAUGUGCAACCACGUGCUCUCCGGCGCCACCCAGAAGGAGGAUGAGGCUGCGGCGGAGCAGGAGCGCCAGGCACAGCAGGACUUUGGGCGCUUCGACAACAGCAGCACUGGCGGCAACAACGGGUUUUUUGCUGGUGGUGACAGCGACAACGACGAUGGCGAUGGUGAUGGUGAGGGACAGCGAGGUGAUGACGACAUUGACGCAAAGGUCAAAGUCACCACUACCGUUCGAACAGUGCUGCCAACCACGUGGCAAACCAAGGUGUUUGCCGUCGAGUGUGUGGAAUACUUGAUCGAUGUGUGUCGACAAGCAGACGUCGAACAAACAACAGGCCAAAACCCGCACUUUGACAUGCAAACCGCGCGAGCGAGUGGGGGCGACAAACUUGUUGUCCGCCUUGCAGAAGUGAUUCGCACGUGCUUCAUUGCAGCCACCUCCGCAACAGAUGAACUCAAGAAGGCCGGUCUUGAAGCGUUGGAUUUGAUCAUUCGCUCGUUUGCAGACUCGACAGAUCCAGACAUGGAGGGCAACCACUCCAUUCUCGAGCAGUUCCAGGCCCAGGUGACGUCUGCGCUUCGUCCCGCCUUCUCCGAGGACACGGCACCGACCGUCAAAUACAGCGCAUGCAUGGUGUGCGCAUCGUGGGUUUCCAGCGGUGUGAACCGCGACAUGACUGACCUCAAGCGACUGCUGAACCUCCUCGUCAAGUCUCUUGAGACGGUGAAAGAAGAGCCGGACAGCGGAUACAACGAGCGCGCCUCGACAAUGCUGCGGCUUGGCAUUCUCCAAGCGUGGGCCAGCAUCUUCAACCGCGCCCUCGCUGCCCCGUCCAUGCAGCAUUUGUCGCAGUGCAUCAAACCGCACCUGCCGCGGCUGGAAGAGUACUGGAUUGAAGCGCUGCGCGAUUAUGCGCUCGUCUCUCUGCCCCCGGAAUACGCAACCCAGAUCCCGGCCUCUGGGAACUUUUACUUUGCCGGCACGCGCUCCACAGUCAUUCCUUUCUACCAGACCACGUACCCAGACAUCAUCACCGCCGCCUCCCACCUCUACUCCUCAAACAAGGACGCUGAUGGGUCGCUAUUUUUCCUUGAAGUCGGGCUGUGCGUGCGUUCUCUUGUGUCCAACGCCGCCACCCCGCUCCUCGUCCUGAGUUCUGUGACUGCGCUUGCGAAACUUGCGGCUGCUGGUGGCAACAAGCUUUGCGACGCUGUGGACAUUGUGCAAGAGAUUGCCACCGUCAUGCGUCACACCGCGCACGCAUAUGGGCUCUCCGGCGAGCGCUCGAAGGAGAUUGCUGCUGGUGUUCUGCGCACAUUUGAGUCGCUGGCACAGCCGCCGCGUGCGGACGGUGAUGACAACCGCAGCAGCAGCAGCAGUAGCAGCACGCAGGCUCCAAUUGCCGUCGGUCCGCCCAUCACCGAUUCCGUCGACGCGCAGGAGUCGCGCCCAGUUCUCAUCGCACUCCAGGUGUGCACGACGGUGCUGUAUUUGAUCUGCCCAGACCUGAAGCAGAGAAUAGCAGAGAACGGUGCGCCCGCGACCACCCCAUACGGCGGUGCACCACAGCCCGCACCGCACGUUGCGGAAAGCGACGCCCCUCUGCUGUGUGCCCUCGUCUCCUGUCUCGCCUCCUUGUGUACCGCAGCCACACCAGAGGCCAUACACCAUGUGCUUCCCAGUGCGCUGCUGAUGCUGAUUGAAGUGCUGGCCUUGCCCGACAGCACUGCAACACAACACGCCGCCAAGACAUUUCAAUCGCUGGUGUCCAGUCUUCGCGGGAAACCACCCGCAGUGCCAUUUCUCCAGUCUGCAUGCAAGCGCAUCUGUGAGAGGAGCAUGGCUGAUGGCACAAACACGCAGGCGCUCCUGCUUGCCGUUGCCCUCAUCGUCUCCUUGUCGCCAGAGUGCGCACAACAUGCCGAGAUCCAAGAUGCUGUUUUCCACGCCAUCAAGUCCGCGCUUGUGGCAACCAAGCCAGCGGUGCGGGCAAGGACUGCGAAGAUUGCCCUUCGACUGUGCACCAGCGGACCGGCAGCGAUGGUGUUCAUGGCCAGCGUUGGCGACGAGCUCGUGCAGACCGUGGCAAAGGCCGUUCGCAACAAACCAACAUGCCCUGAGGACUUGGAUGUGGUGCAGCAAGGCAUCCUGUGCAUGGAGGCGUCGCUUCGUUCUGUGCCGGAAGAAGCACAGCCGCAGCUGAUGGCGGUGGUGCUGCCGAUCCUCGUGGCGCUGCUGACUGUCACGCCUGCCAAUAACCUGGAGCGCGCAGUUUCAACGGCAGCGUUGGACAGCUUGAAACGGGUUGGGCCCCAACACCCCGCAGCGUUCCGCCAGGUUGUCACAGAGGCGCCACAGCUCAAGACUAAACUCGAACAAGCCAUGAAACACAGCGCCGCACAAGCGCAGCAGCAACAGCAACAACACCGCACCACACAACAUGCUGCUCCCAAAAUCAAACUGACCAUGGAUUUCAGUGCCUUCAAGUAAAAGCAUCCUUCUUCUUUUG